AUGCAGGCGGAGAGAGAAGCCUCCAAGAUUGUCCAGAAAGUCCGCACAAAGAGGGUAAAGGAAGCCCGCGACGAAGCCAAGAAGGAAAUUGAGGCGUACCGCAACUCCAAGGAGGAAGAGUUCAAGAAGUUCGAGUCCGAGCACUCUCAAGGAAACAAGGCAGCCGAGGACGAGGCGAACAAGGAGGCCGAGGGGAAGAUCAAGGAGAUUAAGGAUGCUGGAAAGAAGAGCCAGGACAAGGUCGUUGCUGAUCUCUUGAAAGCCGUUUUCGAGGUCAAGCCUGUUGCUCCAAGCGCCGCAUGA